AGGGUGCGUUAAACAGAGAAGAAAACUGGAUAUCAUGGAAGAACGCUGGCUGCCCAAGUUUCAUAAAAGAAAAGUUAAUAUUCCACGUUUAACAUUUGCAGUUUAUAUCAGAACUUUAGUUUUUUUCUUACAGUCAUCAUAAUCAAGUUUGUGCUUUUGUUUUAGAGAAGAGACAACGGCAGAGACCACAAAAACGUGAGUAAAGAUUUUUAAUGUUAUAUAGCCUUUUUUUGGUAGGUUAUUCAUGCAGACGUGUUAUUUUCUACCAGCUGAGGAACGAAAGAGGCAGAAAAUGGUUUUCUCAUGCACUGCUGGGGACUGGAUCUAGGGUGGGUUCAAGGUCGUCAGAGUCACUUUUUCCCUUGCCUCUUGCUAGCCUGACCUGUGUCCUACCCACAGGCCACCCUAUUGGCAGGAAGUGCCUAAGCUAUUAUGUAGUUGCAGUAGUCAUGACUAUAGUUUGGUUUAGUCUAACGUGUGAUAACUAGUUUGAUGAGAUGCAGUAAUUUAUUGUAGAUACGCGAUUUUUGUUCAGUAAAGGUCAGGCGCAUUCCUCAACAGUGUAUGAGAAAUUAAUUUAAUUUUCAGAUCAAGGAAACGCAAGGCAAAGGACAGUAUUGCCAAUAUUACAGCAGGCUCCAAGAUUGAUAUGGGAAGGUGAGAGCUAAUCUGGCGUUAGUCAGUUGCGUGGCUAACCAUAGCAACAGGUCAUGCUAUGACUUGCAUUAUUCUAAUAUUUAUUCAGGGCCUCAGAGGGGGGACAAAUGGGAGCGGGGCCCCAAAAGGGUGUAAUUAAAAAAUUAUUUGGAACGUUUUUUUAUAUAAGUAAUGGUAUGAGAAAAUUUUUAGACCUUAAUUUUACUAGUAUUGGUCUGAAAAAAAGUGUUUUACCCGUGAUUUUACAGGUAUUUGUUCUGAAAAAAUUUUGAAUCUUUGAAAUGUCCGGAAAAAAGUUUUAAUCCCUCCCCACGGUUGCCAACAGUUUGGGGAAAAAUAGGGGAUCCGAAUUAAAAAUUUGCCCCAGUCCCCGAAUUUCUCUGUGAGGCCUUGUAUUUAUUAUUAGCUAUGCUAUGUUAAUAGGCAUAGCAUGACCAGUUGCCGUGUCUAGCUUUACCACUAGCUCGAAAAUGAUUCCUUGAUUGUAUUCUUUUUGUUCAUGUUUCUAGUACCGAGCUAACACGUCUGUGGAAUUUAUGUCCUGAUAAUAUGACGGCUUGUAGAUCCGACAAGAGGUAUAAAUACAAUUCACAUUUUUCAUGUUGUAUAAACACACCAAGCCAAAGUCAUAUCAAACUGUCAAUAUUUUCCAGAAACUUUCUUCCUGAUUUGAAAGGAUUUUUUGAAGAAGCCAUUGAUCAAGCAGACCCAGAAAGUCAGAUUGAAGAACAAUAUAAGUACGGAAAAUUUGAAUUUGAUAUCUCGCUAUGAUAUCCCACAUAAGAUUUCACGCUUCGAAAUAUUUUUAACUUUGGAGAUCGGUAAUGUUACUAAUGUUGUCGUCUUAUUUUUAGACUCGUAAAUGACCCAAAGUUUGGCUGGAAAGGUAAUUACAAAAUCUAGUAUGAUCUCUUCCCAAUUCUAAUCUCAAAAUUUCCGGGGAAUUCCCCCCCCCCCUUUUACCCCCACCUCCAUUAGCAACUGUGCCCCCAUAUCCCUGCUGCAGCUUGUUCGGCGGCGCUACACGCCCGUAACUCAAAUCCCCACCCUAUAUUUGCGGCAUUCUCCCUCCCGGAGCAAAAUCUGAAAAUCCUUCUGGAAUAUAUUUGACCAUAAUUCCAGCUGUUUUAACCCAGAUUUAUAUUAUUUCUGAUGCAUUUUUGUAGCGUUAAGACUCCUAUCCAGACGAAGUCAACAUUUCUUUCAAUCCAGUACCAAUCCUUUCAAGACACUCCCACAAUAUUUAGAGCUAGCCAUUCAACAACUGGGACAAGAACUAAUGGUAUGGUCAUUUUUCGAACUCGUAAAGAAUCCGCAAGCAAAAUCAAACUAAAGUAAAUUUGCCAUUUUUAAGAUGAACUUGUCCAACGUAUACAUAUAGGGAAUUUCUGUACAGUGUUAAAUUAUUGUAAUAGGCCCUAAUUGAUUUUCAAAUGAAAUACAGCACGCAAAAAUCGCUUGAUAAAUUCGUCUAUUGAUCUUCGACAUGUCUUUAGGAACGAUGUGUAGUAUUUAUCGUAUCCUUUGCAGGCCUCGAAUUUCCCUGAAAUCAAUCGACGGCAAUGGCGUUAAUUCGUUAAAAAUUGCUGUAGAACGUAACAGCUGCCUACGGCAAUUUGGGCAGUUCCCACGGCAUUUUUUCAAAUUACUUUAACAAAAAUUUAAUUUUAUUGUUGAUAUAGUAAUUUAGUGAAUAGUAUAAAAAUUCUACUAUACGGCAAAAAAUUGCCGUCGUUUCCGCAAUGAUUCACGGCAUUUUGUAUUCCCUCUACGGCGAUUGCCGCGAUAAAUUCAAGCCCUGAUUCUUUGACUGAAGUAGUUUUAUUUUUACAGCCACCUAUUAAAAUUGAAGAUGAUGUUGUUGAAAAUGGUGAGUGUUUUAUCACAACCGUUGAUUUUGUAGAGUAUACUUCAUGCAUGGUCAUCGGACAGAAUCUUUUUAUUUUAUGCAGCGCCCUGAUUUUAUAUGUAUUAUUUCAUCCGCUUUUAGGGCAUGUUUCCAUCUCGGUUAGUUAGUUUGUUAAGAGUUAAGAGAAACCCUCUCGCUAUACAUUUAGAGCAAGACCGGAUUUUGAUGCAAAUAGUGGGGGAGGUGGAAAAAAUUUAGGGGAGGUGCAGCAGUCUAGCUCACGACCCCCAUGGAAAGUUGGGGCUUAGAACGGGCCAAAGUCAACGUGAUGUAUGCAUGUAUAGUGUACAUAUGUAUCAGUGAGUGUAUUAAUGAAAUAUAGUACGACUCGUUCAAUUUUUUCCCUUCAUUACAAUUACUACAAAGUUUCUUUCAAAACAUUGCAUUAAAAAUGUACUUGACAUGCACAGAGAUGAAUGGCUAUCACUGUUUCAAUUUUACAUAAAAACUUUCUUACUAAGUGUUGACCCUAAGCAACCGAAAACGUCAAAUUUUCACUUUGAUCUAUAAUUGGAACUUUCCCAAGGGGAGGUCCAUGACUUUUCAGGGGAGGUGCAAAAAUUCUCAGGGGAGGUGCACACCUCCCCUCAAAAUCCGGCCAUGAUUUAGAAACAGCAGCUACUGUUCGUAUCGAACUUGUAGACAAGUACCAGUCAGGGGCGAAACUUGAGGGGGUAUGGGGGGGGGGGUGACAGUCCCCAAAAUACAAAUCAUCUGGAUUGGCAGGGCAAUCAAAGAUUUUAAAUGAUAGAGUGUAGAGUUAUUAAGUAACUUACAGGGCUUUCAGAGGGAAUUGAAUAGAAUUUAUAGACCUAAAUUUUACAGAUACUGGUCCAAAAAUAAGGGUUUCACCCAUAUUUUAACAAGAAUUUGUACGGAAAAAUGUCCGGAAAUGGUUUAUGUCCAGAAAAAGUUUUUAACCCCCCCCCCCGCUGGCUAGAAAUAAAAAUUUGCUGCAGAGCAUCAUUGGUUUUGGCAGGGCAAUUCUGGCAGACCCCCCCGCCCGAAUUAAAAGGGGCUAGUUUCGCCCCCUGGUCACAGUAGUUGUAAACACGUAAAAACGCACAAGUUAUAACAAACCUGCAGCAGACUUGUACCAAUGCUGUUCCAACAACUUGUCAACAGGAUGUGUUCGCACUGCUUGUUCCCAGCUUGUUGACAACUUGCUACAAGGUUGUUGACUUCAACAGACUUGUUACAAGUUGUUCCAACAACUUGUUAUCGUCCUGCAAUUCAUCAAUUUGUCAACAAGUUGCGAGUGACAACCUUGUAGCAACAUGAUAAAAUAACAGCAUUGUUACAACCGGUUGACAAGCUUGCUACAAGCCUGUUGCGAACACAUCUUGUUGACAAGUUGUGAGAUUUUUACGUGUAUACUUUAGGUACACCUUCUGAAGAAAAAGAGCCUGAAACCAAGCCACCGAUCGUUAAGCAAGAAAAAGUUGACGAUUAACAAUUGCGGUAAAAUAGACAAGCAAACAAUGUUUUAUAGUUAGAGUUUUAUUUAUUUUUAUUCAAUACAAGUUGACCUAAUAUUCAAAUUCGUAUUCAAAAUAUGACGGGUCGAACUGGUGCAGCCGUACGUAGCCAUCUUCGCCUCCACUGCUGUAACUGUAAAAGAAAAACAAAGUUAACUUUAGACUAACAAGAAACCUUUUUGAGCCAG